AUGGCAUCCAAGAAUUUCCACAAAUUACUGAGCAAAAAAGUAACAAGAGAUUGUUUAACAUGGACCAAGUAUCCUGACUCGGUAACUCGUGUUUGGAAUGGUUCAACAGUUGCUUUAAAGUGGGAUUACAGUCUGACUACAGAAGAACAGAAUGCUGCAAACAUUGCCAUUAACAGAGUAUGGGAUCGAGGCAACGAGUCACAUUUCGAGUUUGUUGCAUCGAAAAACUUUAUUACUGGCCAGUCAGUGGCUUAUGCUGAAGACUUCGCACCACACAUCACCAUAAGCAGAUCAGAGGAAGCCACAUUGAUCAUCAAUGAGGUUGUUAAGGAAGAUGAAGGUGUUUACAAAUUCACAGUGCGCUUUCUGACGUUGGGUGAUCGUCGCAUUUCACGAAACUUUAGCCUGGAAGUUAGAGGUAAGAUAACCGUGAAGGGAUGCUCUGAAAAUUGCAUAUUGAAAUUACAUCUCUCAUGUGUGAUUCCCCCGUCUGCGGAAAUAUCAAACAAAACAUCUGUUGCAGCUCUGGGAGAGAGCUUGAAUUUUACAUGUACUGCAUCUGGCAAACCUAAGCCCAGGAUAGCAUGGACCAAGGUUGGCAGUUCAGAGGUGAUCUCUCAUGCAUUACAGGUCACAGUCAAUGUAAGCAGACCUGGGACAGAAGACAACAUGAUCCAGUAUCAAUGUACAGCCAGUAACGGAGUGGGGACACCAGCUAUAGCUACAGUCAAUGUUACAGUACAGUUCAAACCAGAGAUUACGCAGUUUCAAACAUCUGCUGCCAACCACAAAGUAUGCAGGAAUGAUGUCAUCAAGUUUAGCUGCUCAGCUGAUGCUAAUCCGCCAGUGAUAUCAUACCAGCUGUUUGAGAACAACACUGCUAUUUUAGACAAAAACCUUUCAGGAAUGUGGUUGAGAAACAUGUCAAUCAGGGGGGUGUUCAUCCACAAGUGCGUGGUCAACAACACCCUUGGAACAGUACAUAGUGAAUGGAUUGCUGUGAGUGUAAAUGGGCCUCCAGCUAUACAAGCAAUAGAAAAUCAGACAUUAACUGAAGGGGGCAAUAUGACUCUGACAUGCCUGGCAUCUGAAGGGCCUUCACUUGUGGUGUCUUGGAUCAAACCUGAUGGUCAGCGUGUUAACACAAAUAUCUUGAAGCUUAUAACCAUUAAAAGGAGUGAAGCUGGGGAAUACAGAUGUGUAGCCACUAAUGAUUGUGGGAGCGUUACUCAUACAACAGGUGUUGAAGUACAAUGUGAGUAA